AUGAACCAGCAAAGAGCUCGUCCCAUUCAGAAGUUUGCUAAGGCAGUCUCACAAUGCUCUGUCGAGGCUACGGCAUAUGGCAAGUGUAUCGUUGCCGACUAUAACGCUGUCCACAGGGAUAAGUGUGCCAAAGAGUUUAUGAGGCUCAAAGAUUGUUAUUUAGUAUGUCAUCCUAUUUAUUCGCUUUUAACGGCGACAAGUCUGACACUGUCACUGAAGGCUGCAUCUAAGAAAACAUGA